CUGAUAUUUGCUACUUUCUCUCAACUUACAAAAGUAAUUAGUUUCGAAUGAUUCAUAGCUAAGCCACCAUUUCCACCACCUUAGCCCUCCAGCGCCUUACGUUUUCAAGUUGCCGCAUCAAUAGUAAAGCAAAGAAUCCAUUCAUUUUAUUGUGCAUUCUUUCUUUCUAAAAAGAAACAAAUACUUUGAUACAUAUUAUUUUUUGGUUAUAGUAUCAACUUAUCAUUAACAAUGAGAAUUACAAUGAUGAUGACCCAACAAGCUCAACCAUCUUUAUUACAAAUACCCACCGGUGGUAUGAACUUUCCAAUGAUCCGGUGCCAUCCACAAAAAGAAAAGGUAGUGGUUGUUAUGGGUGCUACCGGAACCGGAAAAUCAAGGCUCUCAAUCGAUCUCGCGACAAGAUACCCCGCCGAGAUCAUAAACUCGGAUAAAAUUCAAGUGUAUGAGGGUUUAGAUAUAGCAACUAAUAAAAUAUCCGAGGAAGAAUGUGAUGGCGUUCCCCACCAUCUCCUCGGGAUUGUUGAUCCCGAGGCAGAUUUUACAGCGGGGAACUUUGCCAGCACUGCUUCACUCACCAUGAAAUCAAUUGUGGGAAGAGGAAAACUUCCCAUAAUUGCUGGUGGUUCAAAUUCAUUUAUAGAAGCAUUAAUAGAUGAUCAAAACUACGAGUUUAGAUCACGUUAUGAUGUUUGUUUCUUGUGGGUUGAUGUUGCAAUGCCUGUUCUACAUCGCUUUGUUUCUGAUAGGGUUAACCGGAUGAUUCGUGAUGGGAUGGUGGAAGAAGUAAGAAAAAUGUAUAACCCUAAUUCGGAUUACUCAAAAGGGAUUCGACGAGCAAUUGGAGUACCAGAAUUUGAUGCUUAUUUUCGAGCUGAAUAUUCAUCUUCAAGUAAUAGACAAAAUCGAGGCAAGCUAUUAGAGCAAGCCAUUAACGAAACAAAGAUUAAUACAUGCAAACUUGCAUGCCGACAACUAGAAAAGAUUCAUCGGUUGAGAAACGUUAAAGGGUGGAAAAUUCACCGGUUAGACGCCACCCCGGUUUUUGAAAAUCACGGUGAUGAAGCAGACAAGUUGUGGGCAGAGGCAGUGGCAGGACCAGGAUCGGUGAUUGUAAAUCAAUUUUUAUUUAAUUUUGGUCAUUCGCGGAGCUUUGUUGCUGCAACAAAUAGUGGCACGUUUAAAAGAGGGGUGGCAAUGGCCGCGACGGCCAUCUAGCUAGUUAAUUUACACGGAAUAAUAUUUUCGCGAUAAGUAUUGAAAACAACGGAGCACUAAGAAUUGAAAUAUUCUAUGAUCAAGUUGAUGGAAAUAUAUAUACAUAAGUGACAAAUUUUUGUACGAAUAAGAAUAAUAUGGUAGUUGAGUGAUUUUAUAUUUUUGUCCCGAACUUGUGACAUGCACCUCUAUUGUUAUCUUGUAUUGUACAAGUACAAGAAAUGGUGUUUGUUUUCAUAACUUUUGGGUGAAAUCUCUUGGACGCGCCGAUCGAUGAUGAUUUAUAUAUUUUCUCUUUUGUUAAAUAUAAAAAAUAAUGAUGCCUUAAUUGUUUUGGAGUAGAACUCAAGUACUCAUAUAUAUACACUAGCUAGUGCGUUGUUAAUAAAAUUUACGUGAUAUCUAUA